AUGUAUCAUCCAAUAGGUAAGGAGGGAGGCGUCGGUCUGGAGGGUAACGACGCGUGGGAUGACUGGUUCGGGUCCAAGGUUGAUGUGCCUGGCCACACUGGAGAAGUGAUCGUCCCCCCGGCUGAUCCCUCUGAGGUCUACUCGAUGACUCGUCAUGAUUCCCUUGUGGAUGAGGGAGGAAGUCCGAAGAAGACGGAACGGCUUUGUAAAGUUUCGAAAGAUUGA